CACUUAAUAUGCAAUGGAAUUGAUAACAGUCGAAGUAAGAUCGCGCAUACGUUCUUGCAAUAUAUUCAUCUUGACUCGGGAUAUUUUGGACAAAAGCUCGAUUCAGUUGAAGCUCAAAGAAAAUGUGAUAAUUCUUCGAAUGGGCAGCCAAACAAAAUUUCUACCACUGAAUUUCAUAAAAAUUAUACCAAAAACUCUCUCUUCAUUGACUGUCGCCGACAACUGGAUCUCCCUCAGAGUGCAAACCCAACCGAUCGAAGGUUCAUAUGGAUCAUUUAAAACUGAGAUAGUUGCUACACCUGGAGAUUCGACCAUUGAUUUUCAAAAUAAUCCCAUCAAUAUUGAACAUCGAUUGAAAGGAAGAAACUGUUGCCUGCGAUGCUCACGAUGUAAGAAUGACAUCACUAAAGUAGUUUUCUUCAAACGAGUGCUACCCUUACCCUCGAAUAUCUGCGAACCAAGUGAAUGGUUUUGUUGCAAUCAUGAUGGCAGCGAUUACUCAGUUAUCCCAUACCCUAGGGAGUCUGACUGCUUUUACGAAAGGAAUUACAGACUGUUGAACAAGGCAAUUUUCAAGAAGGAACUGAAAAUCGAUGAAGAUAGUCAAACAGUUACAUGCAAUAGAUGUUUAUCUACACUUGGCGGUCAUUCUACAUAUAAAGAUAGCAUUAAGAUAUGGAACUGCUGUGUAGAAUUUAAAUUUUCAGAUGAUGAAUCAGACAUUGAAAAAGCUUCAGAUCCAUUGCAAGAUUUCAUCUCAAUUGUUAGCAAUCGAACCGAUAUCUUUACCGGUAAUCGAAUCUUAGUCGAAACUUUGGAUGGUGAACGUUCCCAUUAUCUGAUUUUGCAAGUAAUGGAUAAGAAUUUAGAAUUAUUAAUUGAGAAGGAUUGUGCCAUGUUAAGUCAAGGUGAUACAAUUGAAUUGGCAUCUAGUCGAGUAACCAAACUUUUAUACAAGUAUACGGAAAAUGAAACGGAGAUGAAGAGGUACUGUGUUGACACAGAACGGUGUCAAGUAGCUUUGCCAGUCAUGAUGGCUGCUGUUGAUCAUCUUUCUUCAUCAACAAAACGAUAUCCUCCAUCGUAUAGAAUUAUUGAUAAAUAUUUUGUGGGCUUUGUUUACUUAUAACGAUAUUUCGUUAAAGGCCCAUUCUGACUUGAUUAUCAUAGAUGAGUCCAUAUGAAGAGAUAUUGUCUGGCAUUUUGACAGUCAUUUAAUAUUAAUAAUUAUAUAAUAGGUAAUUAUUUCCCUUUUUUUCUCUUGAAUGUGGUAGGAAAUAUAAGCAGACGCUAAUUCAAAUACUCACAAAUACAAAAUUGAAUCAUUCUUUUCCUUUCAGGAUUUCUAAGUUAAUAUCUAAACAGCAGGGUGCUCGACGACUAUUUUCAAUAUCAUGAAAAUAUGCCACACAGGUGUUUGUUUUAUUUAGCACUAUCAUGAGAGAACAUUGUGUCUCUGUCUUUGUUCGAUAAACAUAAAUAAGUACUUAUAAAAACUUAUUAUUUAUGAGCCAUAUUUAUUAAAGUAAUGAAAAAAUUAAUUUCAUACGCAACUGAUUUGAUACAAAAUAAAACUUGAUGUUUUAGUA